AUGGCACAACAAAUGAUUCUCGAGUCUAUGCCAGCCGAAGCAGCGCCGGCGGCAGCAGUCUCAUUUGAGAGUUUCCGUUGUAAUUCUGGCAAAAGGGUUGCUACGAUACCUGGAUCCAGGGCUACAAGCGGAAUUAACUACGCCUUUUCUCUGCCUACUUCAAAUCCAGCAAGCUAUGUUUGGACAGUCACCAAAACCAUUGACAACAGAAUAUCAAAAGAAACGUCGACUGCAUAUUAUCCAAAGAGAUUUUACAAUCAUGGGCCUGUACUCACCGGCUUACCAGAUGGCUGUGGUAAUGCGUUAUCUGAGUAUCCGGUUCCUGAUCACCACACUACGGUACCGUAUAAAGGCGGGAAACCUGACGCAUUUCGGGCGAUCUAUGCGGUCACAACAACAACAAAGACAGAAGGAAAAAGAACACAGACGAUAAAAUCACCUACUCUUUGUGGGAUGGUUGUUCAUCCUUCAGAAAGUGGCACAAGGGAAUUUCUGCCUUAAAAGUGAAUUCCAGAAGCUCUCUCUUCUCCAGCUACAUUUGGACACCCAGGAGGUCUGGUGUCAUAGCUUGAGACGAGUCGAAUACUGCGAAUUUUAUUAGUACUGGCGCUCAUGAUCGGGUACAACAUCUGCUUACAUUCAGUUGCUAUUGAGCAAAUUGCUACAAGUAUGAGAAAUAGCAAAGGAAGAGGGUGAUAGUAAAGGAUGGCUCCAUUUCUCCGACAAAAUACAUUUAUG